CUUCCAAACCCACAACACAAAAACUAAGAACCUUUUGAAACAGAGCCAUUACAGAUUCUUUAAGCUUCUGCAGAAAUCUUUUCUUGUUUCUUGAAAAUUUUCUGCAGUAGCUUUAAAAAAUUUAAUCACAAAAUAAUCAAUUAAUCUCUCUGCAAUGGCUCAAUCUUUCUCAAACGCAAAGGUUCUAUCCGCUUUUGUAUCAAAGGCGAUCAACAGACGAGGAUUUUCAGCGGCCGCGUCGUCUGCUGCUUCUACGAGAAGCGGCGCUGCUUCUAUGGUGAAGAACACGGCGGAGAAGGAGGUUGUUAAAUCUACCGAGAAGGUUGCGUGGGUUCCUGACCCGAGGACCGGUUUUUACAGACCGGAAAACAUGGCCAAGGAGAUUGAUGCUGCUGAACUUAGAGCGGUUCUUUUGAAGAAACACUAAACAUUAAUGAAAUCGAGAAAACAUGACGGAGAUUUGUUCUUCAUGUGAAACCCGGUCGAACCGCCUUUGGGUUGGUAUGUGCGUUCGGAUCUUACAGAUUUUCUUACUUUUUUUUUCGGUUUAUAUUUGGUUAGGAAUUCUCUGUUCUGUUCUGUCCUCUGUUCAGGGAUGAAUAAAAUAAAUUACCUUUGUAAUAUUUCUCUUCUAUUUAUAAAGGAAUCUAAUUUAAUGAUUA